UUACGCGUACAAGCGCAUUGUUACGGUGACCAGCUGACCGAUGCGGUGCGAUGUCGAUACGCGCAAAACUUCACAAAUUUUCGUAUUUGUUAAUGCAUUAUAAGGUACACCAUCAAACAUAAUGGGAGUUCAUGGCCUCUGGCGUUUACUUGAUGCAGCAGGAAAUCAAGUUCCAUUGGAGACGCUGGAAGGAAAAGUUUUAGCCAUUGAUAUUUCCAUUUGGAUACACCAAGUAUUGCAAGGAUAUCAAGAUCGUUUUGGUAAUCUUAAACCCAAUGCGCAUCUUAUUGGUUUAUUCAAUAGAAUUUGCAAGCUGAUGUAUUACAAGAUCAAGCCGAUAUUCGUAUUCGAUGGAGGUGUUCCAAUGCUUAAAAGGGACACAAUUGCCUUACGCAGGAAACAGAAAUCUAUGGCCAAGAAUAAAGCUACACAGAUGAGAACAGAAUUAAUAAAUAACUUGAUAAAACAUUCUGCUAUAAAAACGGUUCUUAAUCCGGAAGAAGAAAAUGUUAAUAACAGCUCUACUCAAGCGAUCUUGAGCAGUCAGAAUAAACAGUCUGUAGACGAUAUGUUUAAAUUACCUGACAUGCCGAGCACGUGUCCAGCAGAAUUAAGUCCGAGCGAUGACUACGAUUCAGAUUCGUCGUCCAUCGAACUAAGCCCACGGAAACAAACGAAAUGGAUCGGGAAUAUUCACAAUGUGGAUGUGGGUAGCUCCGAAUUUAAAGCUUUGCCAGCAGACGUGCGCUAUGAAAUUCUGACUGAUCUCAAGGAAACGAGAAAGCAAAAUUCGUGGGGUCGUUUACACGAAAUGCCCGAAGAGUCGCAUGAUUUUUCUGGUUUCCAAAUGAAACGCUUAUUGAAGCGUAGAUUAGUUCAGCAGAGUUUAGAGUUCGCGGAAAAAGAAAUGGGAGGAAAGUCGCUAACAUUGGAGGAAUUAGAGAAACUGUUGACUGAACAGGGCAUAAGUACCGGUAACCGAGACUGUACCUUUCGCGUAGCGGCCGAUAGUACGACUAGACUACUUUACAUCAGUGAUAAGAAUGCGUACAUUAAGAAUAUUAGUAACAGCCAGAAUUCAAACGAAGAAAAUGUCGUUACUGAAAAUAAAGAUGAGGUAGAAGAGCCGGUACCUGGCACUAGCAAAGAUGUACCAAUAGGCGAGGAUAUGAAUGAAUACCAGUUUGAUGAUGAAUGGGACAGCGAUGUUGAAAUAACUGCUAUGACCAUUUCUAAACCACCUAUGGAAAAAUCGAGUAACGAGACACAUUCCGCAACAGACUGGAAGGAAUCGCGACCACCGCCUAAAAAAUAUUUUGGCAAACACGUUGUAAAUCCUGCGCUGUCAUACAUGCUAGAAUACAGCGGAUUAACGGAAGAUCAAAUAUGGACUCUUCUUGAACAACGCAGCAAGGAAGAUAGCAAGCCUCCGCAAGAGGCUGCAAAACAGUCGCAACAAUUUGAUUUUCUUGAAAUAAAGAGCAGUAACAGCGAUAGUAAAGAUAACGAAGAACUUACCGACGUAGAGACUACAGAACCUGUAGAAUCAUUAGGAACUCCGGAAAUCGAAUCUUGCGAAUCGACUGUGAAAUCUGAUAAUAACUUGUCGUCCAUUGAGAUCACAAAAAUAUCGACAACAGAGCCAGAAAUAGCGACGAUAAUCAGUUCAUCAGAAUCGGACUCGGACUUUAUAGAAAUUGAAGACGUACCGACUUUAGAUUUUGGCUGUAGCGAGAUUAAGAAGAGCACUUCGCAACAAGGUAUUCAAAUAACAUUUAGCUCAGAUCAAAAUAUAGAAGAUGACAUGUUCGCGGAUGUGUUUGGGACAUCGAACAACGAGUCAAAAUCCGAAGAGAUAAAAUCAAAGUCCGAAAAUAUAUCAACGAACACUGAACGACUUGAAAAAUUGGAAGAAAGUUCUUCCGAUCGUUCAAAAAUAUUGGAAACCGAUGUCCUGGAUGAAACAAUUGUGGAAACGGCAGAAGAGAAGGUUGAAGAUCGGUCUGGUACAACGAAAAUUGGUGAUACGAACAUUAAUAACUUUGAGACUGUAAAUACACAAUUCGAAGAUACAGAUGAGACAAACAGUAUUGAUAAUGCGAAUGAUUCUAGUCAUAACAAUACCGAGAUUACGAACGUAGAAGGUACUAUAGAUGCAAGCACGUCAGUCACAGAUCCAUCAAAGACGAGUCCUUUUCCUGUGAACGAAGAAGAAUUGUUGUCAUUGAAGGCACGUUUGGAAGACGAGCAAUCAGAAUUGAUGACGAACAUUGGUAAACUACAGAGACAGGGUAUUGACAUUUCUAAACAAGUAUCCAGUGAAGCUCAGGAACUUUUACGAUUAUUCGGAAUACCAUACGUUAUAGCGCCCAUGGAAGCAGAAGCCCAGUGUGCAUACUUGGAGCAAAUUCAUCUCACCGAUGGAACGAUCACGGACGAUUCAGAUAUUUGGCUGUUCGGAGGACAAUGCGUUUACAAGAAUUUUUUCGACAGCACUAAAAAGGUCCUACGGUAUCGUUCUGUCGAUAUACAACACCAUUUCAAAUUAACGCGCAACGAAUUGAUACGACUCGCUUUGUUAGUCGGUAGCGAUUAUACUACUGGUUUGACUGGUAUCGGUCCCGUCACCGCCUUGGAAAUAUUAGCAGCUUUUCCAUCGGAAGGAGACGAUUUAUUGCGAGGUUUGACAAGUUUCUGUUCGUGGGUCGCAAGCGGCAGAACCGCGGGUCCCGGAAAAGCCAGUCUGCGAAACAAACUGCAGAACUUGAAAAUUCAAAAAGGUUUUCCGAGUCAAGCCGUCGUGCAGGCGUAUCUGGUCCCAAAGAUAGACGAGUCAAAAGAAGCCUUCAGCUGGGGCAAACCUAACACGAUUCUUUUGUUGGAUUAUGCGAAACAGAAAUUCGGAUGGACCAAAGAAAAGUUCACCGAGAUCAUGACACCGAUAUUGAAGAGAUUAGAAGAGAAGCAGAACCAAAAGUUCAUAGAUACUUAUUUUAGACUGCAAAGUGUAACUUCGAAGUCGAUCGACGUUAACUUGAGUAAACGGGUACAGAAAGCUGUGCAAAGGUUGAAUAAUCCGCACAUGGAAGAGGAAACCGAAAUCGCGGAAACCGCGCGGCAACCUCUUAGGAAAAAAAGACCGAUUACAUCGACGGGGGGUACGAAGAAAAAGAAGGAUUCGACGGACACGCAGAUAAUCACGGAGCCAGAAACAAACGAGUCGGAAGUUUUUAAUGCGUCUGCUAGUAGCAAAGCGAGCCUCGAAGAUUACAUACCGCAAAGAGAGAAGGACAGAGCUGAAGCUUUGAAGAAAAAAUUGCACGCGAUCGAGGUAGUUCGAAAAUCGAAACAAGGAUUAUACAAGACUAAGAAAGUGAAGCGCUGCGUAAGGAAAAUAAAACAAGAAGCUGGACUUUCGGAAAGCGACAGCGGCAGUUCGUAGUACCAAAGCACAUAAACGAUUGGUAAGUAUCAUUUGUGUAAAUAAUUCAGAGAUAUUUGUGAUUGCGUUUUUUUAAAUAAAUUAUAUUUCUAUAACA